AUGGCGGAUAAAGCUAUCAAAAGAAAACAUGUAUCACCUGAAUCUCUACUACUCUCUAUUCUCAAUGAUUUCUUCGUAACUUCUCCGAAAAAACCCAACACGAAUUCAGAUGCGUCUACCUUUAUAAAGUUUGCAAAAGUUGCAAGAUUUACUUCAAGAUCCAACGAUACAGCUCCUUUGGUCAAAUCAGCCGGAUUAGAUGUUGGUCAUCUUCUCAAAUCUGCACUUGCAGGAGGAAUCUCAUGCGCCUUCUCUGCUUUUCUAAUGCAUCCUGUGGACACUGUCAAGACACAAGUUCAAGCAUCAACAACAUUGUCAUUUCUCCAAAUACUGUCCAAGAUCCCAGAGAUUGGUGCUCGAGGUUUAUACAAGGGCUCUAUUCCUGCGGUUGUUGGUCAAUUUGCAAGCCAUGGUUUACGAACAAGUAUAUAUGAAGCAAGUAAACUCGCAUUACCGCUCUUUGCUCCUUCUCUCCUCGACAUCCAAGUUCAGUCAAUCGCGUCUUUUGUUGGCACAGUUUUGGGGACAACACUGCGAAUACCGUGUGAGGUGUUGAAACAACGGUUACAAGCCAACCUGUUUGAUAACAUAGUGGAAGCUACGGUUUCCACUUGGCAUCAAGAUGGUCUCAAAGGACUUUUUCGUGGGACGGGGGUUACUCUUUUACGCGAGGUUCCCUUCUACGUUGCUGGCAUGGGACUUUACAACGAAUCAAAGAAGGUUGUAGAGAGACAAUUAGGAAGAGAGCUGGAGCCGUGGGAAGCUAUCGCGGUUGGAGCAUUGUCCGGUGGUUUCACGGCUGUCCUAACGACGCCUUUCGAUGUGAUUAAAACGAGAAUGAUGACGGCUCCACAAGGCGUGGAUUUGUCUAUGUGGAUGGCUGCUUACUUAAUUGUAACAAAAGAGGGACCUCUUGCAUUCUACAAAGGAGCUGUUCCAAGGUUCUUCUGGACUGCUCCUCUUGGAGCCUUGAACUUAGCUGGCUAUGAACUUCUUCAAAAGGCUAUGGUCACACCUCUAAAUCAUAGCGACUGA